AUGCCACGUUCCCGUCGCGAUCUCUUCAACAACUAUGCCCAUGCACGCGAGCUCCUUGCUGAACUUGCCAGUCAGCGUGAGACCAGAGAAUUCCUUGAUGUGGUGGUACAAGUCGAGGGUAAGGAAUUCCCCUGUCACCGGGCCGUGUUGGCAUCCACGCGGUACUUCAAGACCAUGCUGUCGUCCAACCUCUCCGAGAGUGAUUCAGAGGUCAUACAAUUGUGCGGGAUAGACUCCACCAGCUUCUCCAAGAUCCUGGACUUCCUGUAUACCGGGGAAAUCCGCAUCGGUAAAGAUGACGUCCAGGACAUUUUGCAGACGGCACACAUGCUUCAGUUGGAGAAGAUAGUGGAGUACUGCCGUGAGUUCAUCCAAGACAACCUCUGUCAGUCCAACUGUCUGGGCGUCAUGAGUCUGGCCGACCUUUAUGGUUUUUCUGCCUUAAAAAAGAAAGCAAGGGACAUGAGCGUUGCAAGUGCAGGGAGACAUCUGUACGUGACAGGUGGGCGGGUCUAUCCUCUACUCGGCCAGGGCCCCCAUUCUGCCCCAUCCAAGCAAGCCUUUCGGUACGAUUUCCCUUCGGACACUUGGCUGAGGCUGCCCGACAUGCCUCGCGGCAGGGCAAGGCAUCAGUCAGUAGUCGUUGACGGGAAACUCUUCGUGGUCGGUGGUGACGCUGAGGCGACGUCUUCGAUGACCAUGGAUUGCUAUGAUCCUGUAGAGGGAGCUUGGAUAAAGAUACUUGUUCGACCGCCAUUGCGCACUGCAUCAACCCUGAAAGUAACGGCCUUCAGGGACAAGGUUUUGUUCAUCGAAGUGCAGAAAGGCACCGAUGAUCGUCCGAUUGACGUACGGUUCAGCUCUUCGUUGUUGCUCGAUGCUCGCAGGGGAUAUAGGAUCCAUGGCCAGCGAAGUAGGAAUCAAGAAAAACUGUGUGUCCAUUCGUUAGAUGUGAAAACCAAUGUUUGGCGACGCGCCGAUACCUACGUUCCCAGGCGAUCUGUGGAGCGCGUUGACAUUAUCGCGACUACUGUCCAGGGCAAACUGUAUAUCCGUACCAGUUGUACAAAGUAUGACGGCCUAUACAUCUUCGAUGCCGAAGAAGAGACCCUAAGUAAGGGCAAUGAACGAGAUUGGAAAGAGGACGCGUACGUCUUUCGCAGUUUCCGCUGCAUGAAUGGUCAGGGCAUCGUGGGCACCAUUUUCAAUUACAACUACGCAUAUGGACACAUGUUACCAAGGCGGACGCCCCUCCCCUUUGCCAUACUCGGCCACAGCUUCCUCCAAACCACGAAGAGCAGUGUCGGGUGGUACUGCCGGGACCUUGAAGCACUGGAGAAAGAGGAGGUAAUCAAUUAG